UCUAUGACUCUAUGUUCCUUUAAUAUUUUAAUGUUUUGGUUUGGUGGCAAAGGCAACUUUGGUGACUGCCUUACAGAUAAACUGAAAGGAGCUGAAAGCAUUAUUUGGAAACGACAAUCAUAACUGGUAAACUGGCAAAAAGGCCAAGGAAUUCCCAAUUAGGGCCGCCAGUCUGGAAGAUGUGGUUUGUGCCAAAGGCGUGAUUCAGCAGUUUCAGUGAGAAAAACCAUCGCAAAGGCAAUAUAAAAUUCGCACUGAACCAAGCGGAGGAGGGGAAAGAGAGAGAAAUGUGAACGGGAGAUUAAUCUCCUUGUCGAGAAACUUGAAUCUCCUCCUCUUCUGGCAACGAGCUCAGUUCAGUGGCCGAGAGCCCCGAGUGAGCAGCUCUGUGUCCCCUGCUCCACAAGACAGGGAGUCCUCCAGGGAGCGCAACCAGUCUAACUACCCCCCUUUUCUCUCGGAUCCAGGACCUCCCUCUCCCAAACUCUCGCCGGGAAAGGGGGCCAUGUGCCCGGGCUCCGGCUCCCCGGGCGACCCGGAGGCGGGCUGGUUAAGACAGCGUCUCGGGCAGUGCCCGACGCUCUGAGCCCGGGGGAAGGGGAGAUCGAGGGAGGGGGGGAGAUCGAGGGAGGGGGGGAGAUCGAGGGAGGAGGGAGGAGGAGGAGAUCACGCCCCUCUGUAUCUCUGUCUCACUCAGCCCCUUCCCCCUCUGAUCAUGGACUACAUCUUCCGCAAGAGGAAACUGCUGAAGACACUGCUGAGCUUGUCGCUGUUCUUCGCCGCCCUGGCUCUCCUCCAGAAACUCAAACUGGGGGAUGGCCUGAGCCCGACCGCGGGGCUGCGGGGGGAGGCCUCCGCCGGCGGAGGAGGAAGAGGAGGUGGCAGGAGGCAGCUGGAGGUGGCGGUGGGGGGCUGGCUGGAAGCCGACAACAUCUUCUCCCGGAGCGGAGCUAUCAGUAACGGGAGUGUCGGGGGCGCGGCAGCUCCGGGCUCCGAGGAGGCACAGCCCGGUCCGUCAGGGGGCUUGGCGAAUCUCAGCAGCCCGGCUCCGGCCUGGGAGGUAACGGUCACCGAGUGCAGCCCGAACGCCUCAGUGCGGAGCCUGCCCUGGUUCUCGGGGCUGGACAGCCGCUUCCAGCAGUACGUCCUCUACCGGCACUGCCGCUAUUUCCCGCUACUGCUCAACCAUCCGGAAAAAUGCCGGCCGUCGCCGGGAGGAGAACGGGAGUCCGGGUCGCCUCACCUGCUCAUCGCCGUCAAGUCGGUCAUUGAGCAACACGACCGCCGGGCGGCCGUCAGGAAGACCUGGGGCAGGGAACUCAUGGUGGGCGGCCGCAGCAUCAGGACCGUCUUUCUGCUGGGCACGCCGGCCGCCGGCAAAGACCGGAGGAACCUGCAGAAGCUUCUGGAAUACGAGGACCGGCUGUACGGCGACAUCUUGCAGUGGGACUUCAUGGACACCUUCUUCAACCUGACCCUCAAGGAGGUCAACUUCCUCAAGUGGUUCGACAUCUACUGCCGCGGCACCCGCUUCAUCUUCAAGGGCGACGACGACGUCUUCGUCAACACCGAGAACCUUCUGGAAUUCCUGGCGUCGCAGAGCGAGGGGCCGCGGUGCGAGAACCUGUUCGCGGGCGACAUCAUUUCGCGCGCGCUGCCCAUCCGCAACCACCAGAGCAAGUACUUCAUCCCCAAGCAGCUGCACGACCGGCCGUACCCGCCUUACGCCGGCGGGGGCGGCUUCCUCAUGGCGUCGGCCCUGGCCCGCCGACUGCUCGUGGCCUCGGAGGGCAUCGAGCUGUACCCCAUCGACGACGUCUACCUGGGCAUGUGCCUGCAGAAGGUCGGCGUCCAGCCGCAGCUGCACUACGCCUUCAGGACGUUCGGCAUCGUCAAGCGCCGGGUCAGUCCCAUGAACAGCGACCCGUGCUUCUACAAAAAUCUGGUGGUCAUCCACAAACUGAGCCCCGAGGGGUUGCUCCAUAUGUGGGACACCGUCCACAACUCGACUCUUGUCUGUGCCAAGAAAUUUUUCGUCAACUUGAACGAGUAACCUCGUUGCUUUCUCGCGGAUUGAAAAAUGCGGAUUCUGAAGGAGUGAUUCAUUGAGCCUGUGAAAUCUGCUUGAUGUUGUGAAGAGAGACCUACUAUGAAUGACACCGAUAUUAAACUUAACUGAGCUAAGGUACUUUAUAGAAUAGACAUUUACAAAAAAAAACUGCUGUAUUUUAGCACACACUACAUUGUUUAAACUCUAUAUAUAAAGUUGCACUCCCCUCAGCUUUCGUAUCUACAGGUGAUUCAACUGGAGACCAUAAUUUCCUUUCUUACACGUUUUUGUGUGUAACGAAUUUUUUGGGGGGGUAUGAAACAUCGAAUACGUUUUACAGAAUUAAGGUAGUAACGUUUACCCCCUUUGUUCCUCCUAUCCUGAAAGUAUUUUUAUUUGUAGGGAUGACAUUUAGCCUGUGAUAACAUGCUCAAGUGACUUGUUCAUAUUCUGGUGAUGGGAUAUUGUGUAAAUGAAUGUACCAGUAACUGAACCCAAGAGUGCAGAGUCUGAUAAAGAUCAAAAGAGGAAGCCUGGCCUGGGGGGAUGAGCCCCGUCUAAAUUGAUAUCGGAUUCACUCACUAACUUUAGAUAUGAUUUGGAGAUGCCGGUGUUGGACUGGGGUGUACAAAGUUAAAAAUCACACAACACCAGGUUAUAGUCCA